GCCCGGCCCGCGGGAGGGCGGCGGCGGCGGCGGGGGAGGUGGAGGCGCCGUGGCCACACCCAUCGGCGAGCGGAUCCUCGGGCAGCGCGUCGUCGGCCGCCGCGCUCCAGCCUCCGCCCGCACCGAGCCGCGGGACCCGGCCGCACCGGGGAGGGGCCGCUCCGGGCCGCAGCGCGAGGGCAGCGAAGGCGGCGGGGACCCGGCACCGGGCGCGGCCGGUGGCAGCGACCAUGAUCGCUUUGUUCAACAAGCUGCUGGACUGGUUCAAGGCCCUGUUCUGGAAGGAGGAAAUGGAGCUCACGCUGGUGGGGCUGCAGUACUCGGGCAAGACCACCUUCGUCAACGUGAUCGCGUCAGGGCAGUUCAAUGAGGACAUGAUCCCCACUGUGGGUUUCAACAUGCGCAAAAUCACCAAAGGGAAUGUGACCAUCAAGCUCUGGGACAUUGGGGGGCAGCCCCGUUUCCGAAGCAUGUGGGAACGUUACUGCAGAGGAGUGAGCGCCAUCGUGUAUAUGGUGGAUGCUGCGGAUCAGGAGAAGAUCGAGGCCUCCAAGAAUGAGCUCCACAACCUGCUAGACAAGCCACAGCUACAAGGCAUCCCGGUCUUAGUCCUCGGUAACAAGCGAGACCUCGCCGGAGCGCUAGAUGAGAAGGAGCUAAUCGAGAAAAUGAACCUGUCUGCUAUCCAGGACCGAGAGAUCUGCUGCUACUCCAUCUCCUGCAAAGAGAAGGACAACAUAGACAUCACCCUACAGUGGCUUAUUCAACACUCAAAGUCACGGAGAAGCUGAGGCUGUGGCUCUUCUUAUGACCAGGGACCACAGUCACCUAACCGGAAGCCGAGCUCCCCGCCCACCCUGUUGUCUCUCCCUAAGCCACGCCUCCUCACCCAGUGUGGGGAGGGCCCUCUGGGGCUCCUAGAGCCCUGUUCUGCUGAGGUUUCAACUCCUGUUUUUAUUGUAAAAUAAUUGCCCUCUUCCCAAGUCUGGUCCCCUACCUCUGUCCCUUGCUCUCUUUUUCCCUUCAGCUACCCGACUCCCCUCCUCGUCCACAGCCCUGGCCCCGCAAGCCGGCCAUCUCCUCACUCUCUGCCCUGCCCUCCUCUUCCCCUUUCAACACUGUUAUUGUCCUGUGUGUACAGUAUAUAUAUGUAUAUAUAUUUUAAUUUUUUAAUUUAAGCAAAGACUAAGAUCAACCAUUUGAUGCUGCAGGGGCCAGUCGGGACCUGGGAGGGGCAAACUGGAAAGGCAGAGAGAGAUGCAGGGCCUAUGUGGGGCAAGUUCAUAUGCAGAAGAGGGGAGACUGCCACAUGGGGCAGUGGUUGUCCCCAUGCCCUGUAAAGUAUCUUUGUCUCCCAGUGGAGGACCUGAAUUUGAAGGCCAGCAGGAGCCUCCUUUUCUGUCCCUAGCCUUGAUAGGGCCACCAGGUACAACCAGGUCUAAGUGGGAGGACCAGGGUCCAUGUCAUCCCAGCAACCCCCACUGUCGCUGUUCCUGGCCCCAGGUCCUGCCCCUACCCAGGGUCCCCACCUCCACGGCCCAUCUCAUUUUCUGUUCUCAUUUCACAGAGUUGUACAAGGAGAGAACUCAGCAUGGGGGGUUGGUUCUUUGGUUUGUUUGUUUGUUUGUUUAAUUUAAUAAUUUGUAAAGUGAUGUUCCUCUUCCUUUUUACACUUUCAGCUCAUAUUUAACCUCUGUUUGGAAAAUGAUCCCUGUAACUGUACAUGUUUUUUUGUUGUUGUUUUGUUUUUGUUUUUUGUUUUUUUUUUUUUUUGGCCUCCUAAUAACGACAACAAUAAAUUACCAAUUUUGUGUUGG